AUGGGUUUGAGAGACAUAGGAGCUUCACUUCCUCCUGGUUUUCGUUUUUAUCCAAGUGAUCAAGAAUUGGUUUGUCACUAUCUUUACAAAAAGAUCACAAAUCAACAAAUUCUUAACCAUUCUUUGCUUGAAAUUGAUCUUCACAUAUGUGAACCAUGGCAACUACCUGAGGUGGCAAAGCUUAAUGCAAAUGAAUGGUACUUUUUUAGCUUUCGAGACCGUAAAUAUGCAACUGGAUAUAGAACAAACAGGGCAACUAUAUCUGGUUAUUGGAAAGCAACUGGGAAAGAUCGUGUUGUGUUGGAUCCAAUGAGUGAAGAAGUUGUAGGGAUGAGGAAGACAUUGGUGUUCUAUAGGAAUAGAGCUCCAAAUGGGAUUAAGACAGGAUGGAUUAUGCAUGAGUUUAGGUUGGAGACACCACACAUGCCUCCUAAGGAGGACUGGGUAUUGUGUAGAGUCUUUCACAAAAGCAAAGAAGACAACAAUUCAAAACUGAACACACAAGAAUUCAUAUAUGAGACAACACCUCCAUCCCUAACUUUGAUGUCAUCAUCUCCAACAAAUUACCAAACCAUCCCUAUUCCCUACAACAGAAUUGAUUCUUUUUCUUCCUCCAUGACAACACUUCAUCAUUUAAAUCCAAACCAAAACAAUAAUUCUUCCAUCAUCAAUAAUCUCCUUCAAUAUUCUCCUCAAGCAAAUAAUAAAAAUAAUAAUAAUAAUAAUAAUAAUAAUAGUACUAUUACUCAAAUUAGUUCCAAAUGUGAUGAUGAAUAUGGAUUCUUGUGGAACAUGGAUUUGGAAGAAAAUAGCUUAGAAGAUGGUGUGGCUUCAAACAUGGACGCAAUAAGAUUCGAGGUUGAUAAUACUAAUAAUAAUAAUAAUGAUAAUAUGGUUUUACUAUAA